AACGUGUCUUACCAUCCAAUCACUAUCAACGGGUGCGACGGUCGCGACUGCUACACGAGGAGAUCAAGGUUCAGAUGGUCAAUUCUCAGCGGCAACGAACCAAGUCAGACUCGUCCCGAUGCUCUACUAACCAUGCAAAUUCCACAAUUGUCGGUCUUUGUUGGCUGAUGCCCCUUAUGCCAGCAGUGCCGCCUCCUACGUAUAUUUUCUCGCUUCCCCUUCGUUGCGAAACCUGGAGACUUUGAUAUCGUUAUAUACUUCUCAGGACCCUGUCUGGCUUUGUGACCCCCACUAACCAGUUUCAAUUCUACACAAUCUCAGUACUUUCCUUCAAUAUGGCUCCGAUCGCUAUUUCACCACCUCCUGUGGAGGCCAAGCAGGCUCGUCCUAGCUUCCAUCGUGCCAACACUGCCAAUAUGGGCACCAAGCGAAAGAUCAUCUGCUUUUCUGACUUUGACGGGACAAUUUUCAUGCAAGAUACCGGACAUACUCUAUUCGACAACUUCGGCUGCGGUCCUGAACGACGGGCUGCUCUCGCUCACCAGAUGGAAUCUGGAGAACGGACCUUCCGUGAAGUCUCCGACGAGCUUUACGCCUCGUUAGAUGUUCCAUUCGAGGACGGUUUUGAGGUUAUGAAAACCGCCCUGGAAAUCGACCCUGAUUUCCAAACCUUCCACGAAUUCUGCGUCAACAACAAGAUUCCAUUCAACGUCAUUUCCGCCGGACUGAAACCAGUCUUGAGAAGAGUAUUGGACCAUUUCAUUGGAGAAGAUAUGAGCAAGCACAUCGAAAUCGUGGCCAACGAUGCCAAGAUUGCCUCAGACGGCAGCAAAUGGGAGGCAGUCUGGAGACACGACACUGACCUCGGCCACGACAAGGCACAAUCCAUCAACGAGUACCGCGAGGUGGCCAAGAUGCAGAGUGACAAUGGCACCAUCCCAAUGAUCAUCUUCAUCGGCGAUGGCGUAUCCGAUCUCCCCGCCGCUCGUGAAUGCGAUGUUCUCUUCGCACGUCGGGGACUGAAGUUGGAAGAUUACUGCAAGGAGCACAGCCUGCCCUACAUCCCAUUCGAUACUUUCGCCGACAUCCAGAAAGAAGUCAUCAAGAUUGCUCAGGUUGACGAGGAGAAGACUCACGGCCGGGGUCUACCUACAACCUUCAACCCUCGUGCCAAUAUGUGGCGACGUGUUAGCAGCAAGGCCGCUGUGCCAGUCUUUGCCGCCCUCAGCCCUGCUAAGGAGGAAAAGGCAUUCUUGUGGCCAGAGACAUUUACCCAGACAGCCACCGUUAAGAAUGCAGAAGGCGCAACUGCUGCUGUUGCUGCUCCAGUGGCAUAAACUUGCAACGAUCACCCUUGUCGAAAUUCAUUUUAUACUCCUUCUACGGACAACAUUCUUCACCUUUUCGAUUCACUUCCUACACGACAGCGAACGGCGUACAGGAUGAUUGCUUUUUGCAAUUACAGAGGUCACGAAAAUGUGCAACGAAACGACAUAUAAAUAAUCUGGCUAGACAGAGUGAUACCACACAACCUAGAUACUAGAUGAUAAAAAUAGACAUAUCAUAUUCGUCCUGGC